AUGGAGCUCAGCCACCGAAACGAAAACCCUUUGCUGGAUCUCAAGUCCUUCACCUUUCACCUUCGGCUCUCCACCUCCAUUCUUCUCCUUUCCCAGCUCUAAAAAAUAAAACGAGACGACGACCAUGUCCUCAGACCGCAAGAGAAGGAUUGAUUUGGGGGACGUCUUUGAUAAAAAGGGCAAGACCGAUGGCAGUAGUGGCGAUGAUGAUGUGAAUCCUUGGACAGGAAUUCCCUUUUCGGCCAAGUACCAUUCCAUUCUGGCAACGCGACAAAAACUGCCCGUCUACCAAUUCAAGGACAAACUGAUCGAAUGCGUCAAGGAAAACCAAAUUGUUGUCGUCGAGGGAGAAACUGGGUCGGGAAAAACAACUCAAAUUCCCCAAUUUCUCCUAGAAGCUGGCUUGGCCAAACAGGGUCGGAAAUGCAUUGCUUGCACACAGCCUCGUCGAGUGGCCGCCACCAGCAUUGCCGCUCGUGUGGCCGACGAAAUGGAUGUGGAAUUGGGAUCGGAAGUAGGAUACACUAUUCGAUUCGAAGAUGUCACGGAUUCCAACACUACUGUACUCAAAUUCGUCACGGACGGAAUGCUCUUGCGAGAAGCCAUGUCGGAUCCCUUGCUCAGUCGAUACUCGGCGUUGGUACUCGAUGAAAUUCACGAACGCACACUCAGUACCGAUAUUAUUUGUGGACUCCUCAUGGAAAUUCUACCCAAACGACAAAAAGGAUCACAGGCGGGACAACUAAAGGUAGUCGUCAUGAGUGCCACACUCGAUGCCGCCAAAAUUCAAGAGUACUUUCACAAUGCCCCACUCAUGAAGGUGCCGGGACGGACGCAUCCCGUCGAAGUUUUCUACACGGCCAAACCGGAACCAAACUACGUCGAAGCGGCCGUGCGCACUACGCUACACAUUCAUGAAUGCGAAGGACCGGGAGAUAUACUCGUGUUUCUCACGGGAGAACAAGAAAUUGAACAGGCAUGUGAGGAAAUAAGAGACAAGGCGAGAGGAUUGGGAAAAGAUGUCCCCGAGUUGGUCUGCUAUCCACUCUACUCCUCUCUGCCACCCCAUCAACAACGCAAAAUAUUCUCUGCGGCACCGGGACCCCGCGUAGUGGGAGGGCCUCCCGGAAGAAAAGUGGUAGUUAGUACCAAUAUUGCAGAGACAUCGCUUACCAUUGAUGGCAUUGUCUACGUGGUCGACCCGGGAUUCUCCAAACAAAAAGUAUACAAUCCUCGCAUUCGCGUGGAGUCCUUGUUGGUGUCGCCCAUCUCACGAGCCAGUGCCAGACAACGGGCGGGACGUGCUGGACGAACAAGGCCGGGAAAAUGCUUUCGACUCUACACCGAAAAGAGCUUUCAUGAAGAUUUGCAAGAAACAACCUACCCCGAAAUUCUUCGAUCCAAAAUGAGCAAUGUCGUGCUGACGUUGAAGAAACUGGGGAUUGAUGACUUGGUGCAUUUUGAUUUUAUGGAUCCUCCGGCUCCCGAAACACUCAUGCGGGCAUUGGAAUUACUCAAUUACUUGGGUGCAUUGGACGAUGAGGGAGAACUCACCGAUUUGGGAUAUCAAAUGUCCGAGUUGCCGCUGGAUCCACAAUUAGCAAAGUUGAUUCUGGUCAGUCCAGACUACGGAUGUUCGGCCGAAAUUGUCACCAUUGUGGCUUGUCUCAGUGUCCCGCAAAUAUUCUUGCGACCACGGGAUACCGCCAAACAGGCAGACGAAGCCAAGGCACAAUUCACACAUCCCGAAAGUGACCAUAUCACCAUGCUCAAUGCAUACUUUGCCUACGAAAAUGUUCCCGAAAGGGAUCGCAAGCAAUGGUGUUGGGACAACUUUAUUAGUGAUCGUACCAUGAUCAGUGCUGAGAAUGUACGGAAUCAACUCACUGGAAUCAUGAGAAAGCUGGAUCUCCCCGUUGUGUCGUCAGACAUGAAGGGAGACGGAUCCUUUGCAUUUACCAGUAUUCGUCAUGCAUUGACGUCGGGAAUGUUUAUGCAAACGGCACACAAAGACCAAGGGGGUGGCUAUCUGACGGUCAAGGACAACCAGACGGUUCAGAUCCAUCCUAGUUCCGUCGUCGAUUCCAAACCAGAAUGGGUCAUCUUUGAAGAGUUUGCUUUGACCACCAAAAACUUUAUUCGAACCGUCACAACCACCAACGUGGAUUGGCUCGUGGAUUUGGCGCCGCAUUACUACGACUUGGAAAACUUUCCAGAGUGCAAAGCCAAGGAUGAAUUGGCAUCCGCUUACGCACGGUUGGCUCAUGAACGUAAUCGGAAGAAUUAGAUCUAGUACGAGCAGCUUCGAUUUUAAUGAAUCAAACGCGUGCCACACUUUCUGGUACACGUCUACGAGAGGUCCUGUAGAAGUGAACAGAGAAGCUCGGUGCGCGUUUGAAUCAGUAGAAGCGAAGCUGCCUGUAGUGACUGAUGCUUUGAUGUAUUAUUAGUGCCGGCUGGAAGGUGGAGGGACAGCUGCUCUGCAACUUUCUGCAUUAUUAUGUCACAUCAAUACAGUACCGGUACCGGUAGUAUCAGCUGUAUCCUGUCUUUGAAACUGUUUCUCUUGCUGCACUAGUGGGAAUCAACGUUAUAACUUAGUAAUUACAUUUCCCCGAAGGGGUGAUGUUCUAAAACUAGAUUUUGCAACGUGUGUG